CAACUCCAAACUAACAUGGCAGUCAGACUGUGUGAUGUGGCUUCUCUGCUUAGAAGUGGUUCGUGGGCAGCAGAGCCUUGGACUGGGCAGGUAAUUGCUGCCAUGGAAACACAACUGUCUAAUGGACCAACUUGCAAUAACACAGCCCAUAGUUCAACCACAGUAAACAAUUGCUCAUCACCAGUUAAUUCUGGGAACACAGAAGACAGCAAGACCAAUUUAAUAGUCAACUACCUUCCUCAGAACAUGACACAAGAGGAGCUGAAGAGUCUGUUUGGCAGCAUUGGGGAGAUAGAAUCCUGCAAGCUUGUCAGGGACAAAAUAACAGGACAGAGCUUGGGUUACGGCUUUGUGAACUACGUUGACCCCAAGGAUGCUGAAAAAGCCAUCAACACUCUGAAUGGAUUGAGACUUCAAACUAAAACCAUAAAAGUUUCCUAUGCGCGACCAAGUUCGGCUUCUAUCAGAGAUGCAAAUUUGUAUGUUAGUGGACUUUCAAAAACAAUGACCCAGAAAGAACUAGAACAGCUCUUUUCCCAGUAUGGACGCAUUAUUACCUCUCGUAUUCUGGUUGACCAAGUCACUGGGGUAUCAAGGGGUGUGGGGUUUAUCCGAUUUGACAAGCGAAUUGAAGCAGAAGAAGCUAUCAAGGGCUUGAAUGGCCAGAAACCUACAGGUGCCACAGAGCCCAUCACUGUAAAGUUUGCUAACAAUCCAAGCCAAAAAACCAGUCAGGCCAUUCUUUCCCAGCUGUACCAUUCUUCAAACAGAAGGUAUCCAGCACCUUUAGCUCAGCAGGCUCAACGUUUUAGGUUGGACAAUCUGCUCAACAUGGCUUAUGGAGUAAAGAGUAGGUUUCCUCCAAUGACCAUUGAUGGAAUGACCAGUUUGGCCGGAAUUAAUAUCCCUGGACAUCCAGGAACUGGAUGGUGCAUUUUUGUGUACAACUUAGCCCCUGAUGCUGAUGAGAGUAUCCUCUGGCAAAUGUUCGGACCCUUCGGAGCAGUAACCAAUGUGAAGGUCAUCCGUGACUUUAACACCAAUAAGUGCAAAGGUUUUGGAUUUGUGACUAUGACAAACUACGAUGAGGCAGCUAUGGCAAUAGCCAGCCUGAAUGGAUACCGCCUUGGGGACAGAGUAUUGCAGGUCUCCUUCAAAACAAACAAAACGCACAAAGCCUAACAAGUUAUUCUCAGUGCAUUAAUACAUGAAAACUAUACAACAAAGGCAAUUUACAAGAAGCUUUAUGCAUUAGUAAAUGCCUUUGUUGUAUGCCAGUGUGGAAAUGGGGAUAAAAUGACUUAGCAUCCUAAGAAUAUGUGAGAUUUUUUUAUUGCUAAUAUUUGAAUUAAAACUUCUUACAUAUCUUCUGUGUUUGAAUAUUCACAAGAGGUACAGGGUUUUUACCUGUCACGAUGCAUAUUCUAUUGCCUUCUUUGAAGAAGGUAGACCUUUUAAAAUGUUUCAGCUAAGGGAAGAAGUUUUUUCUUUACAUGACUGUCUUUAACAUAUGAGUAAACAUUAAGGCUUUGUGUUACGCUUUAAGGUGGUUUUUGGUUAUUUCUUGAUUUGCCUUGUGUUUAAUUUACAUGUUAAUGCAUCACUGUUUUGUUCAAUAAAAGUAUUUGAAGUUUACAUUUAUUUAUGAAGUUAUCAGUAUUUAUUUUAUAAUUAUCAUUUGGGUUGGGGAGUGGGAACACAUUAUAAAAGCUUAUUGUAAGAAUACUGGAGAACUUUUCGUAAAGCAGUACCUUGCCAAAGAGAUAAGAGCCUCUUUGAUGUGGGUUUAAAAAAGCAUCUAUUUUU